UUGGCUGGGCUCCCCGCCGCUCCCGGGCAGGACUGCGAAGCCGCGACUCCUCCUCCGCAGCUCCCCUCUGCUCUGGCAACCAUGAAAAGCGGCGUGUGCCUGUGCGUGCUGGUGGCGGCGCUGGCGGCGGGCACCCUGGCGCAGCCCGUGCCUCCCCCGGACCCCGAGGGCCCCGGGGCGCAGCGGGACGAGGAGGCGCCCCGGAGACAGCUGAGGGCGGUGCAGAGGGUGGACGGCGAGCCCUCAGCGCACCUGGGCGCGCUGCUGGCCAGAUACAUCCAACAGGCCCGGAAAGCUCCCUCUGGCCGCAUGUCCAUGAUCAAGAACCUGCAGAGCCGGGACCCCAGCCACCGGAUAAGCGACCGGGACUACAUGGGCUGGAUGGACUUCGGCAGGCGCAGCGCCGAGGAGUACGAGUACCCCUCCUAGGGCCCCCGCCCUCGCCGGUGCCACGGGGAGCACCCUCCUGGCCCCCAGGAGGCAGAAUAACAAAACAAUCACACUCACAGCUCAUCCUGUCUGAAGUCUGGCGUUUUAAGCGUCUAUUUAUUAAGUUCUCAAUGUGAAAACCCUGUAAGAUUGUCUGGCGCAGCAACGCACCUCAGCAGAAUUGUACAAACGGGAAGGCGAAUGUGUCCCCCCAAUCCCCCCCCCCGUGACCCCUGGUCCCCCAGUGUGGCUAUGCUAUUAAAGUGAUUUCAUUCAGU